AUGGCAAGAGAUCCCACAUCAUUGUACAUGACUUUAUGUGCUGGUUUCGUAUUUGUUGUUGGAUUAACAUUGAGAAUAAUCAUCGGACGAAAGAUAUUCCCUUGUGGUAUAAUUACUUUUAGUUUCUUUACAUUACCUCCAGCUGUAAUGCUACCGACAGUUUUCAGAAUGUUGAGAAUUUAUCUCAUGUACAAGAUUAAUCUUUUAAAGAUGAAACUUUUUGAUGUUUCAGCAAAAGACAGCACUGUUGGUGCUACAUCAGUGACAAACCCGAAUGGCAUUGUACCAAUUAACCAGCUAAAGGAACAAACUGAGGUGGAAUUGAAAAAAUCAGACUCUAAAAUAUUUGGAUUGGAAGACAUGGCAGGAAGGCAAGAACAAAUUCACAAGGUGGUUAACAACUUUGAUCCUAACAAUUAUGAGGAUAUUGGACUCGAUCCUCCAAAUUGGGAUGAUUCAACAACUGAUGGAGAUUCUGAAUCACAAGCUGACGUUUCAACUUGGAAUAUGAGUGAAUUUAAGGAAGUUAGUGAUGUUAAAAAACAAGUUAAACAAUUGGCCAUUCUGAACUUUUUCAUCAGCAAAAAGUUUAUCCUUUCCACCUAUGCCAUUGCAUUCCUUGUUGGAGUUAUAAUUUGGGUAGUUUUAGGAAUUGUUGAGGAGGUGACUUAUAAUGCAAGUACAGAUCCAAACAAAAAGAGAUUAUUCCUCUUUGAUGGUGGUCUGUUUGUCUUUGAAAGAGGUUGUGGUCUCACUACUACAACAGUCUUGAUUGUUGGUGUCCAUGCACUGGUCUACAUCUUCUUAGAAUUGGUAUUCCUCAUCUUGGCAGUUAUGGCUGAUAGAGAUACAUGGGGAAUUAAGAGAGAAACACUCCUUCUAAUCAUUGUUCAGGUUGGAGCUGCCAUCAUUUUUAUAGUUGUUGGCAUGUUGGAUAUUACAGAAAAGUUAUUGGACUAUUUGGUUCCAACUGGAUUGGCGUUAUGGAUUUAUGAGCUGAUUGAAAUUAUUAUGUGUGUUGGAAUGCCUGCCAUGUAUGCCUUUAUCAGCGACAGAAAGAGCAAGCUCUCACAAUCCAACAAUGACACUGAAAGGAAACAAGCUGUGAAAGAAACAGGAAUUGAGAAGGUUUUGAAAAACAAAAAGACCUAUCAAAUCUUACUUGACUUUGCAAGAAGAAGUUAUUGCACUGAGAGCGUUUUGUGUUGGAGAGAUAUACAGAGAUUUAAAAAGGCAAGAAAGGCAAACAGAAAGAAGGCAGCCACUCACAUUUUGAAGGCUUACCUUACUGCUGGUGCUCCACUAGAAUUGAAUAUUAGCAAAAUUGAAGAAAGGAGGAGUGAAAUUGAAAAGUUAAUUGAGGAAAAUCCAAAUAUUUCACACAAUUUGUUUGCACUCAUCCAAGAUCAUUGCCUUAACGACAUGACAGAUCUAUUCGAAAGAUUGAAGAGCUCCAACAAGCAAAUUGGUGACAUUGUCAAAGAACUCAAAUCUUUGAACAAUUCAGUUCAAUCAACAAAUUCUACACAGUAA